AAAUUCUUUCACCGACUCUCUUUGUUCCUCUUUCAGUUAUAUACACGAAAUUGACUCAUUGAGCAAAACCCAAUUAAAACCCUAACAACUCAGUGCCGGACUCAGCCAUGGACGAGUCCAGACCCUCUCAGUCCUCUCCCUCUCCCCCUCUCUCACCCAUGAGAAUCGCCGACUCGGACCUCGACUCGCCUCUCGCGACUGCCGAGUUCCUGACCCGGCAGGAGCUCCUGAAGCGGCGAUCCCGGCGAGCCAGGCAGCUCGCGCGGUGCUACAGGGCUCACUACUGGGCGCUGAUGGAGGAGCUGAAGGCCAAGCACAAGGAGUACUACUGGAUGUACGGGAAGAGCCCGUACAAGGAGGAGGAGGAGGAGGAGGAUGAGGAGGACGGUGAUUGUAGGAAGAGUAGGAGGAGGGAGGGGAGCAGAGGGAACGAGGAGGAGGAGGCGACGGUGACGAUGGAGGUAAGGCGGUGUGAGGUGACGGGGUGUAAGGCCAAGGCCAUGGCGUUGACGAGGUACUGCCUCGCGCAUAUACUCUCGGAUUCCAAGCAGAAGCUCUAUAAGGGGUGCAGCUAUUGCAUCAAGAGUACACAGACAGGGCCUAUUCUCUGUUGUAAGCCUGUACUGAGAUCCACGGUUCCCCUUCUCUGCUCCACUCAUAUGCAAGUUGCGGAAAAACAUCUCAUCCGAGCCCUGAAAAGGGGAGGUCUUAAUAUCUCUUCAACUAAAAAGGUUGCUCCGAAGUUCCAUAUCCUUGUUGCUGAAUGUGUGCGCCAAAUUCAAACUAAAAGAAGAGCUGCACUAAAGGCAACUAUAGCUCAAGUUAAGAUUGAAGACGAAACGAGGUAGGGCUCCAAAUUGUUGAGUACCUUUCUAUUUGUAUAGGUUUUGAGCUGUUGGCUGAGCAGAAAGACGCCAAUAAUUUUGGGGUGAGGACUAUCUCUGAUUGGUGGAGCAAGAGUAAGAUUCUGAUGGGACAUCGGACUUGUUUGUCUUGGAAGGCAAUGCUUUGUGCAUAAUCAUCAAGGUAUUUCCUUGAUCUCGGUGUUGUAUAUUCGUAUAAUGAGAGAAAUGCACGUCAUUAUAUAAAGGUGGAAUGAUGAGGCGUGUGCUGAACAAAAUGUAUACUGGUGAGAAUAUAGUAACGAUGCAUUUGUUUCUUGUAUUCAUUUAAUAAGCAAAAUAUGGUUGCGGGGUCAUGGAUCAACAACCAACUUGUGCUUGAUCAGAUUUGUGUAACCUCACCUUGAAGUAGUCAAGCAACCUGGCCUGCCUCUUACCUUAUAUGUUGUAUUAAAUGACACUAUUGAUGGCCAUGGGUCAUAUAAACAAAGAGAGAUGAUGGACUUUCCCAAAUGUUGUUACAAUUGUAAUAUUAAUAAGAGUUGAGGAGCUUGGCUAA